GAAGAAAGAGGAGACAAGAACUAGAGGAAACCCUAGCCCAGCACAACACCCUUCUCUCUCUCCGCCGCGCCCCGCCGCCGCCGCAAGCCGAAGCAGCUUCCUCCUCCGACUCGAUCGCUCCCUGUCGAGGCCAUGGCGUCCUCCUCCCCCGCUCUACUCUUCCCUUCGACCUCUUCAUCCUCCUCGCCGUCCUCGGCGCGGGUGGAGGCGGUGGUGCUCUUCAACAUCUGCGACAGCUACGUGCGCCGCCCCGACCAGGCGGACCGCGUCAUCGGCACCCUCCUCGGCUCCCUCCUCCCCGACGGCACCGUCCACGUCCGCAACUCCUAUGUCGUCCCUCACAACGAGUCCGCCGACCAGGUCGCCAUCGACAUCGAGUACCACCAUAACAUGUACGCCUCGCACCAGAAGGUCAACCCCAAGGAAGUUAUCGUCGGAUGGUUCUCGACUGGCUUUGGCGUUUCAGGGGGGAGUACACUUAUCCAUGACUUCUAUUCAAGGGAAGUGCAGAACCCCAUCCAUCUUACAGUCGACACUGGCUUCACUAGGGGGGAGGCCUCCAUCAAAGCGUACAUCUCAUCCAACUUGUCCCUUGGAGAUAGGCACCUCGCUGCACAAUUUCAGGAAAUCCCCCUGGAUCUAAGGAUGAUUGAGGCAGAAAAAGCUGGAUUUGCGAUCCUGAAAUCUACAAUGGUGGAGAAGCUUCCCAAUGACCUGGAAGGAAUGGAGUCUUCAAUGGAAAAGCUUUACAUUCUUAUUGAUGAGAUCUACAAAUAUGUCGAUGAUGUUGUGGAAGGACGUGUGGCACCUGACCACAAAAUUGGGAGGUUCAUCUCGGAAUCUGUCGCUUCGAUGCCGAAGUUGUCUCCAGCUGCUUUUGAUAAGCUUUUCAAUGACAAGAUUCAGGAUAACCUUGCGCUGGUAUACCUGUCAAGCAUCACAAGGACACAAAUCAGCAUAGCCGAGAAGUUGAACACUGCUGCUCAGGUCCUGUAAUUCUGGUGGUGUGGCAUCUUGGUGGAUGACUUCCUGCAAUUUAUGAUGUUUUGCAUGUGUUCAGUGGGGGCAGAAAUGCGAUUUUUGUUUUUGUCAAAUGAGAUCUGAAGGAAAGAAUCAGUAAUUGAUGAGAUGCCAUAAUGCUAGUAGAGUGGAAGAGGCCGAGACGUUUCUAUUUGGAUAGUAUUCUGCUUCUACUUGGAUAUUUGUAAUGCGUUGAUUUUUGCGUAGCGACACAGUUAAAGACGGAGUCGAACAUCAAUGUGAAGCGAUGAAGGGAAUUGCUCCACAAUCUCGUGUGUGGAGUGUGGUGCUGUAGGGUCUCUGCAAUGAUGUUGUAUCUGCCUGAGUGCAGGACUUGCCCCAGCCAGGUGCUUGGGAUCUGCUGUUCCAAGUUUGCAGAGCUCUGAUCUUCCGAAAGGAAAAAGGUUGCUGAGUUGUGCACUA